GUGAGAAGAAAGAGGAACAAGGAACAACACAGGUGUGUUGCUGUGCAGCAGCAGAGGAGUGUAAUAUUUUUUUCCCUAUCGAGAAAACGGAAUUUACCUGGAACGGAACCUUUAAUUGAUUCCUCACGCAGCGCAGAGAAAAGAGUGAAAUUCUUGACAAUAGGUAGUGACGAUAUCCGUCGAUUUCUGGCGGAAGUUGCGGGAGAUUAGUGGUUUUGGAAACAAGGUGGAAAAAGUAUUGCUCCAUUCUCGAACAGCUCCAUCACUAUCGAUUGGUUGGUUGGCAGCAGCAGCAGUUGAAAAAGAGAAUCUGGAAAAUUUUGCUGUGUGCGAGUCUGGGAAACGUCAUAUGAUAGGUGGUUGGAAUUAAUUUCAGGAAGGUGCUGGCUCCUGUUGUGAUUCAUCGUUACGAGGUGUAGAAACAGGGGAAAUUUCAAGGUCACUGCAAAAUGUCUAGUCAAAUUCCCCCACUGGUUUGUCAUACUCCGCCUCCGAUGGAUUUCGAUGACGAGGAGGAGGAUGAAGUGGAUUUGCCUGACCCGGAGGACGAUUUCGAUGAUUUCGGUUCUGCACCAGCUGCUGCCGAAAAUGAAGAUUUGCCAACACCUGUACCACCUCCGUUGCCCGAUUUUGAUUCCCCUAUUCGGAAGGUGCGGAAGUCACCGUCAGUGGAAGGAAGUCCUCGAAAGGAAAAGGACGUUUCACCACCGAUUCCACCUCAGGCUGUGAUAGAAGACGUUCCGGAUGAUACAGAACUGGAGCAACCCCGUAAUGAAAGUCCACCGUCGUUGAUACUGUCGCAGAAUAAUUUCUCCGAGAAUGACGUUCCAAGUGAUGAUGAAUUUCAGGACUUUGCUUUCCACCCACCACAAGAAGAAACUGGUACUCCUCCGGGGGCGGAAGACAACAUCAGCCUGCCUUCGUUACACCUGGAUACGGAAGUUUCCAAAUCUGCCACCCCGGUACAGUUGUCUGAAAAUGAAACAAGCGAACGGGAUUCAUCGCCUCAAGAACCGGAAGUGGAAGAACCCGAACCGGAACCGGAACCGGUACCAGAAGCCGCAAUUACACCUAUCGUAGCAGAAGAUAAUUGCUGUCGGUUUGACGACAAUACAGAAAACGAUUUUACCGACUUUACGACCGCUUCGAACGAACGGUCUGUAGUCCUGGAAGUGCCAACAGCCAACGACGUAUCCUUUGACGAUGAUUUUGCUCAUCUUGAAUCCACCCCGUCAGCGGAUAGCAAUUUCGUGUCGCAAAGUAAAACCGACUUUGCCACAUUUGAUGCCGAUUUUAGUAAAUUCGAUUCAUUCCAAGCAUCAUUCCCGGCUACUUUCGAUGAUCCCGGAAGUAUCCCUAAGGACGCCUCUGCCAAACAAGUGACAAAUUCGGAGGAAAAAUCCACCCCGGAAGCACCGAACGAAGAUGACUUUGGAAACGAUGACUUUGAUGAUUUCCAGGAGUUUGCAAAGUUUCCCUCUGAAACGGAAAAGAGUAGCAAACCUGUAGAGGAGGAGGCUGCGAAAGUCAUUUCGGAACCAUCCUUUGAUGAUGACGAAGACGAUGACGAUUUUGGUGAAUUUAGCGAUUUUAAACAAUCGGAAGUAGCGCCAGUUGCUGCUGCACCUAUUGUUCCAACUUCACGGUCGGCGCUAUUCAAGGCGGAAAGCAUCUUGACCAUCAUAAGCGAAAUGUUUCCAUCCUACGGCGAUGAGAAUAAAGAUGACACUGGCCAGGUGCCGUGGGUAGAUCUGCUCCUGCGUAACAAGGUGUACAACGAACUGAACGAUAUGGAUUCGGCGCAAGCGCUGAGCUAUCAGUAUAACAACUCCGAAAGCAACAAAUCUCUCAUCCGGGCACUUGGGAUCGAUUCCAGGAACAUUCUCUUCGGACCAAAGUGGAACAGUUCGAUGCCACGGUUUGCGGCAAACCUUAGCUUUAGUCCGUUGGAACCGAUCAAACCGGUCGCUGCCAGUUCCAGUAAUAUUAAUAAUAAUAAUAAUAGUAGCAGCAGUAGUGCGGCGAUAGCAAACACCAGCAGUAGUAGCAUCAGCAGCAGCAGCAGCAGCGCUGCCAAACAGGAACCACCUAGUAAGCAUCAUCCUGCUCAUAGUCAUGUUGCAUUCGGCCUAGAUCCGCUGCAGCCUUCGAGUGCUGCACCGCUGGCCCCGGGUGCAGUUGCCGGAAAUGUCCCGGCAGUGCAGUUCGACUGGACCAGCUCCGGUCUCGUAAAUCCCCUUGAAGGUGUACAAGAGAUCCUCCAGGAAGGUGGUGCACUCCAGUCCAACAAGAAUGGGCCAAAGGGCGAAGUUUUGGAUACGAAAAUCGCAGAAAACUCAGGCACGGCUGCUGCAGAUGAAGUAGUGGCUAGCAAGACGCAAUCGAUCCUAGAACCUAGUCCGUUUGCUCCGGAGGAAACCAUUGCCAAAUCGACGACGACGAAAGCGCAUCAUUCCUCGUUCGAUGACGCUCCCAGUGGCAACGAAGACGAGGACGGGUUUGAGUUUGUCGGUAGUAGCAACAGUAGUAACAGCAAUCAGCAUCAGCAACCAACGUCAAUUCCUACAACCACCUGUCCCCCUGUAUCUCACGCUGUUAUGCCACCACCUGCUGCAGUGUCGUUAGCGUUAGGACUUUCUUCAUCAUCAUCGUCAUCAUCAUCAUCGCCGUCUGCUUGUUCUUCUCCCUUGGCGACGACGUCCACGGCGGUGUCCAGUGGUGGUGUGGUGCGGACGAUUAAGCUGCCGGAAACACAUAUCUACACUCCGAGUAAAGGGGUGAAUCCGGUGUCCCGGGACUCGACCAAUCGGACGGAAAUGUAUGCCGAAGUUGGGGGAGAUUUACGGCCUAGUGGUGGGUUCGAUAAGAGUAUCGUAGUGCGGGAAUAUCGUGAUGUGGAGUACAGCUUGGAGAAGACUUUGUCGAAAAAUCAGGCGUUGGCCGGUGGUGACGAAGAAUUCGACGAUUUCCGUGAAUUUCAGGCUGUGGAAAGUGCGGGCAAAAAGGAGGAUAAGGAAUGGUCCGGUUCGAAACGGACACACCUAGAUGUGGGAGGAGAUUUCAAUUUCGGGAAUAUGAAAGAUAAGGUUGGUAGUUAUUUGAAGCCGGUUUUCGGUACAUCACCGACGGAAGAGCUAGAUCAGAUGGAUGACGAUUUCAGCGAAUUCCAAGCUGCAGUUCCCGUGCCAGAGCCCGCUAAACCAAUUGUAAAUAAACCAUUAGCAACCGUGUCCAAUGAGCAAAAUCGAUCGAAUACCAGUUCUCCGAUACUGCUAAGUCCUUCGAUUCUUUUGCCUCAGCAAGCGCAACCGCUACAAGCAACCGAAACGGGCAGGUUGACCCAGAUAAACUGGCCGGAACCCGGAAUAGAUCCGGACGAACUUGCAAGAUUUGAGGCUGCUUUCCCAAAACCGAAAGCCGCUCCUCAAUCGAUUUCUUCCAACAAUACGACUCCAAAGCAUGUCCCUGCACCAGCCUCAGCAACGGCCGCAGACGAUGACGAAUGGACCGACUUUGUGUACUCCAAACCAGCUACCGAAAAGCCUCCUCCGACCAAUUCCAAAAGCUCCAAUCCCACCCAUGCCAAUAAUCAACAGGAAGAGUGGACUGAUUUCAUCUACAGUACUCCUGCGUCGCAGAACCUGUCUUCUAGUCAAAACAAUUUCAACUACCAGAACAAUUCCUUCGGUGCAAGCAGGUUAAACGGGCCAAAAUUCAACUCCUGGAACCAGCCGCAACUUCCACCUCCACAGUUCAGCUCAUGGAACAGUAAUAACUACUACUACACACCACCAACCAAUACCAACAGCAGAUUCUCCACGCCCUCAGCUGCUCAAAACCAAAAAGUGCCAACAUUUCCCUCUGCUCAUGCACCUGCUCAUCACCAUCCGAACCUAAACAACUUCUACCAAACACCACAAUCAACGGUGCCCUCCAGUCAAACUCGGAACAUCGGACAGCCGAACUACAUUCCAGGCAUUUCUCAGCUGCCGGAACUGUCUUUCAUCACACCUAACUCGACCGCUGGCAGCAGCACUCCGGGAGCCGGCGUGAAACCUUUCGCACACUCCUUCCUCAACAACGUGAUAUCGAGUAACAAUUUUACCAAGAAAUGAUUGUUGCUGUACGGUGGCGGAAGCGGUGAAACCACAGGAGGUGGUACCAAUACGCGUAAACCACGCCGUGUGCUCCGGAAGCAACCGGAAACCGAUUCACUGCAGCACCAUCAGUCAGUUCCGACUCCACCUGCAGCUGCAGCCGUCGCUGUGGGAGAUGUUAUCAUGUAAAUAGCUCCAGUGUCCCGCCCUUCCACGGACAUCACACCCACGAAUCGUUUAAAGAGAGAUAUUUGAAACCCCCUGAUCAUCUACAUCGGAAGAAAGUUGUAAUGAUUUAUGCUUUAGGCAAAAACACAUCCUAGCAUAGCAUAUUGAAGAAUGAAGAAGCGUUAGUUGAGCUAAAAUUUAAGCGUUUCUCAUUUUCUUGCGCAUCCGUAUUUAAUUUGUUUAUCUCAAUUUGUUGCAUCGUUUUUAUCCAUUAGAUUACGUUUUUGUACUACCAAAAAAGACAUUGUAUAGAAGGUACUUAGGAAAAUAGAGCAAAAUCAGCAGCUGAAAGUUGUGUACUUAAUAUUUAGAUAAGGACUAGAGAGGUGAAAAGUGAAGGAAAUUAGGAAACCGUGAAGACUUUCUUCUUAUUUUUGAAGAAACUUAUUGGUUGUUUUAUUGUGCUGUUGCAGGACCAAGCGCGGUUUUUGCAUGGUGAAACGAGUAUUCAGAGACCCAAUGUUGAGCGCUAGUAGCUGAAUGUAAAUCGGGCAGUAAUUAUUAGCAGUUAUAUUUAUGUCGAUGCCGCGCGGCGAGUUUGCAGCAAGCGAAACCAUUUUUAAUCAAUAAAGGGGAUUCACAUUAUUUAUUUAGCAAAAUGAA